UUGAAAAGCUCCUUGCCGGCGCGUGUCACAUUAGCUUCACCACGGACAUUUGGACAUCAAGCGUGAGUCCUGUAAGCAUGUUGAGCCUCACUGCCCAGUGGAUAGAUGAAGAUUUCGCCCUUAAAAAAGCUGUCCUACACUCACAGGAAUGCUCCGGUUCUCACACAGCAGCUGCAAUUGCGUCCGCAUUUGAAAGUAUGUUUGGGAAAUGGAAAAUAGAAAGAGAACGAGUGCAUGUCGUGCUACGUGACAAUGCCCGUAACAUGGCUAAAGCUAUGAUGGAGUUUGGUGUGACAAGUCUACCGUGCAUGGCACACUCACUGCAACUGGCGGUGAAUGACGGUGUCCUGUCUCAGCGCAGCGUGGCGGAUGUUGUGGCCGUGGGAAGGAGAAUAAUUGGACAUUUCAAACACUCCCAGCUGGCAUACAGUCGACUGGCGGAUGUACAGAAAGAGCUCGGAAUGUCGGUAAAACGACUUCAACAAGAUAUCGCUACCAGAUGGAAUUCGACAUUUUAUAUGAUGCGAAGCUUGGUCGAGCAGAAAAGGGCACUAGGUGCUUAUGCCGCUGAUUUCGAGCUUCCUGCAACUUUGACGGCAAAUCAGUGGGGAAUUAUAGAAAAUAUGAUCACACUUCUCGCCCCCUUUGAGCAGCUGACCAGAGAUAUAAGUUCUGCAGAGGCUUCUGCUGCUGAUGUGAUCCCCGCGGUUGUGGCACUGACACGACUGCUUGGCCGGCCGAGUGACACGGACAGAGGAGUGCAGACUACCAAAACUACCCUGCUGGAAGCCGUCAAUCAUCGCUUCAACGGUGUGCAUUGUGAGGCACUUUAUUCUGUUGCAACCAUGCUUGAUGCCCGCUACAAAGACCGGUACUUUGACGAGGAAAAAAAGAGGAGUGCUCGCGACCUGUUGCUCAAAGUUUUGGAUGACAUGAGCGGCAGUGCAGAUGCCAGCACAGAGGAUCCCCCAGAGAAGAGGACCCGAACAGGAUCACUGCUGGAUAUGUAUGACGAAAUUCUGGAGGAGAAUGUCAUGUUUGAGGAGCAAGACAAGACCGCGUCAGCGUCACAGGUCAUCUCAUACCUGGCCGAACCCACAAUUCCCAGGAACCACAGUCCAUUGGAGUACUGGAAGUGCAACCAGGCCCGUUUCCCUGCCCUCGCUCUUGCUGCACGCAAGUACCUGUGUGCGCCUUGCACAAGCGUUGACAGUGAACGGCUUUUUAGCGUUGCCUCUGAUGUGAUGGAUGAAAAGAGAAAUCGAAUGGACGGUGAAAAGGCAGAGAUGCUCAUUUUUCUUAAGAAAAACCUACCUCUGGUAUUAAAAAAAUAGCUGAACAGAAGCCUACCGGUCAGCCGAAGUUGUCACCCUAGUUAGUUGGACUGAAAAGGUUUGCACCACUCAAGUUCAAGUAAAGGAUAAGAUGUCCUUGUAUUUUUAUUUUAUUUUUUGUGGCUCACAAGAUAAUAUGUGGAGCUUGGUUUUAAGUUUGAUUAUACUUUAAAGUGGGUCCU